AUGAUAUGCAUGUACGCUGAUGAACAACGUGAAGAGCAGGCUGUAUGCAGGAUUGUGCAGUACUACGAGACUCCACUUGAGAUUGAUAUCGAGCACAACACUUGGCAUGAAAUGGUCGGCAGCUGCCCGUCGUGCAAUCAAAUUAACCUCACUGGUUUUUCUAAGUAUUUGAACCCGAUGUCGUGGGUAAAUGGCGUGUCCUCACUUGGCGAAUUCGUGAUGAUGGCCACUGAUGUGUUGGUGUACGUCUGCGUUUUGGUGAUCGUCUACGUGGUGCUCACAAAAAUCAUCAUACCCAUUUGUAAAUGUUGGAUCUGCCCCAUGUACAUACUUUCACAAGCGACACAAACAAAAUCAAAAACGCCAGCGAAACGAAGGAAACCCGAUCGUGACCAGGACGAUGAUGGCGUUUGCGUCUAA